UUAAAGGUCCGGAAAAUCCAAUCUUAACAUAACAAAUGCGAGCGCCGCGCAACACUCUUUCAGGAUAUGUGGAAAAGGCGCACAUUAAUGCGUUUGAAUAUGAAAAUAAGCGACGCACAUUCCACACUUAUGGCUAUGCAUUGGAUCCCUCAGUCGAAGUUGCAGACGGUCAAGGAUUUGUCGAUGAUUUACAAUCGGCAUAUGAUGAUGAUGGAAAAACUGUAUUUGAAUCACCGAAACCAAAAAAGAAACGUAAGCAAGAUAAAAACGACAAUCCAGAGGACAUUGAAGGUUUCGUUGGUCCUUGGGGUAAAUAUCAAGAUGAACAAUCCAUAGCACGUCCAAAUGGCCAAGAAAAGGCAGAACUGGAAGAGAUUCUUGCCAAAAGACAUAGGCGUAAUCGCAUUGUUGAACAUAAGCCAUUAGAGGAAAAAUCUGUUCUUCACAUCAAAGACGCCUACGAUUAUCAAGGACGUUCUUACUUACAUGCUCCAUAUGACUUGGGUAUUAACUGGCGUUCAACAUCCGCUCCAAACAAAUGUUUCUUACCAAAAUCACAUAUUCACACUUGGACUGGGCACACAAAGGAUAUUUCGUCAAUUCGGUGGUUCCCUCAAACAGCUCAUUUACUGCUUUCGGGCUUAAUGGAUUGUCGCGUGAAACUGUGGGAAGGGUUCGGCGAGCGACGUUGCGUUCGUACAUUCUCUGGACAUAGGCAGGCGAUCAAGGACAUAGCUUGGAACAAUAAAGGCACCAAAUUUCUUUCCGCUUACUAUGAUCGUUAUAUAAAAAUGUGGGAUGCCGAAACUGGUGAGGUUAUAUCACGUUUCACAGCCCGCAAGAUGCCCUUUUGCGUCAAGUUCCAUCCGACAGCAACAAGCAACAUCUCUUUGUUGCUGGCACACCUGAUAAGAAAAUUAUUUGCUGGGACACACGCAGCGGAGAUAUGGUUCAAGAAUAUCAUCGCCACUUAGGUGCAGUCAACACAAUUACAUUUGUCGACGAAAAUCGACGUUUUGUUACUACCUCGGAUGACAAAUCGGUGCGUAUUUAGGAAUGGGAUAUACCAGUCGAUAUGAAGUACAUAGCCGAUCCCACCAUGCAUUCCAUGCCGGCAGUGACGCUUGCACCAAAUGGCAAAUGGUUGGCGUGUCAGUCUUUAGAUAAUAAAAUGGUUAUAUUCUCCGCGUUAAAUCGCUUUAAAAUGAAUCGUAAAAAGACAUAUUGCGCUUAUACACACACCCUCAUG